CGUAACCCACAUCAGUGCCAGACAGUUCGCCCUGCUUAGUAAACACACUGCGUCCAUCUUCAGACAUUUCCUCAUACAAUCCAACCCCGCAUUAGUGCGAACAUGGGGUCGGUUCUCGGGCUUUGUUCUAUGGCCAGUUGGAUUCCCUGCCUUUGUGGCAGUGCUCCCUGCCUGCUGUGCAGAUGUUGCCCCAGUGGAAACAACUCUACCGUCACCCGGCUGAUUUAUGCCUUCUUCAUGCUUCUGGGAGUUGGCAUUGCCUGCAUUAUGCUCAUGCCUGGCAUGGAAGGCCAGCUGAAGAAGAUUCCAGGCUUUUGCGAAGGAGGAAUGGGUUCCUCUAUCCCAGGUGUGGAGGGUCACGUGAACUGUGAUGUGCUGGUAGGCUACAAGGCUGUGUACCGCGUCUGCUUUGGCAUGGCCAUGUUCUUCCUCCUUUUCUCUCUCCUCAUGAUCAAGGUCAAGAGCAGCCAGGAUCCACGAGCUACUGUGCAUAACGGGUUUUGGUUCUUCAAGUUUGCUGCUGCCACUGCAAUUACAGUCGGAGCAUUCUUCAUUCCUGAAGGCCCUUUCACAACUGUGUGGUUCUACAUUGGGAUGGCUGGCGCUUUCUGUUUCAUUCUGAUUCAGCUGGUGCUUCUGAUUGACUUUGCUCACUCCUGGAAUGAGUCAUGGGUGGAAAAGAUGGAGGAGGGGAAUUCUCGCUGCUGGUAUGCAGCGCUUCUCUCUGCCACGACUGUGAACUACACCCUGUCUUUGGUCUCCCUGGUUAUGUUCUAUGUCUACUAUACCCACCCCGAUGGCUGCACAGAGAACAAAGCCUUCAUCAGUGUCAACAUGCUGCUGUGUGUGGGCGCCUCCAUUAUGUCCAUCUUGCCCAAAAUUCAGGAGUCUCAGCCCAGGUCUGGUCUCCUGCAGUCCUCUAUUGUUACCCUCUACACCAUGUAUCUGACCUGGUCUGCCAUGACCAAUGAGCCUGACCGUAAAUGCAACCCAAGUCUGCUGGGCAUUAUUGGCCUGAACAGCACCGCCCCAGCUAGCAAGGACCAUGUGGUCCAGUGGUGGGAUGCCCAGGGCAUUGUGGGACUGAUCCUGUUCCUGUUGUGUGUUUUGUACUCUAGCAUCCGCAACUCCAACAACACCCAAGUGAACAAGCUCACCCUGACCAGUGAUGAGUCUGCUCUGAUCGAGGACGGUCCUGCUCCAGAGAAUUUUGAUGAGGGAGACGGUGCAAACCGUGCCGUUGACAAUGAGAAGGAUGGUGUCACAUACAGCUACUCUUUCUUCCACUUCAUGCUGUUCCUGGCCUCUCUUUACAUCAUGAUGACUUUGACCAACUGGUACAGCCCUGACUCCAACUACGAGGUGAUGACUAGCAAGUGGCCAUCUGUGUGGGUGAAGAUUUCAUCCAGCUGGAUCUGUAUCUCUCUCUACGUGUGGACCCUGGUGGCUCCAUUGGUCCUCACCAACCGUGACUUCGACUGACGAGCCGUCUAGAGGAAAGCUCUGCGUGAACCUUGCCCAUCGUUAUUGUGAAUAUCCACCUGUAUAGGGUGGGCAAGUGAUGUCAUUGUAAAUACCUGAAGUCAGUGCAUUCCUUCUGUGGUUAGCCCUCCCAUUUGUUUUAACUACUGCAUGUUAUGUAGUGAUAUUUAUUUGUGGUGUAUGUUAUAAAAGAAGGUCAGAACAAUUAGCUCAAUUUGGUGGGAUUAUUAUGUACGUGAACAUCCCAAAGAAAGAUCAGGAGGGAGGCAACAAAUGUAUUCUUGGAAAAAAAAGUGUGAAGUUACUAUGAGUGAGUAAGCUUGUCCAUAUUGUCAAUGGUCGCCAUAGGUUUUGUUGCGAAGACAGAAACAAUGCACAUGAUUUUAGUUCGUAAAUCUUGAGUAAUUUCCUGUAGAAUGGGCAUAAAAAAUUCAGUAUUGCUGCUUUAGCAUGAACAUCAUUGAAGUAGAGGUUUAGAUUUUUUCUGUGCUUUUUCCUGCCUAAUGAUCUCCAUCAUAACAUGACAUUUAGGAUAUGAUUUAUGUGACCAUAGAGCUCAUGUUAAUGGUGAACCCAUGCUGUUUCAGUAACAUGAUCAGUGGAUGGAUAUUAACAGACUACUUUCCCCAUCAGUGUUGCUGCUUGUGUUGCUGGUUUUGUGCAUGCUAACGGAUCUACUCAGUUAGGACUGUAAAAUGCCACAGUGCUAACCCUUUUGCAACUUGCACAGGUUAGUUGAGUUUUUGACUUUUUAAUUCUUGUGUUAAAAUGUUUUGCACUGAUUCUUUUCUUAUCUGAUAACUCAUGUUAAGAUGUUUGAUGUAUUCUGUUUUCAGACCUGUAGUUUUUUUCAUACUCCUAUGCCAUUUAGACAUGUUACCAGCCUGCAGACGUUAUUAGUCUAGUAGUUGCUGUUAAGUAAUGUAAUAAGCAUUGAUGCUGCUGUGUUUUUUUUUUUUGGUCAUUUUGACAGGUGCAUUGUAAACUAUCUUGUCUUAAUCAUUAAAGGUUUAAAACCCCA